CUGAACUGUUACAUCUGAAUACUUGAUGCAAUCUGACUGUUUCUCUCCACCCUACUCUCGUGAGGCUGCCAUGCCGCGAUCGGCCUCCACCUCUGCCCUGGGUGACUUUGAAGGCGCGAUUUCUGGCAUGCCCUCGUCUAUCUCCACCACAUCGACAUCGUCCACUUCUUGUAACAUCGACUCGGACGCAUCGCCGGCUGGUCUCCGUCGACGCACCGCAUACCCUUCUCCACCGCUCAGCACCUCGAGCCCGAACAGCUCGCCGCCGAGCCCGAGUCCAGGCCCUGGCUCUGAGACAUCGAGGUCCGGGAACGACCGGGAGCACUCCCCACAGGACCACCGGGAACACGACAGCUCUUCCUCUUCCACUUCCUCUUCAUCACGUACUGGUGACAUGCUUUCCGGCGGUGGCAUACGCGGCCGCAACGUCGAGGACGUCGGCGACCUCGAGGAGAAGGGCUUGCUGCGGUCCGAGAAGGGCACGCUCCAGAAGGUCGAGGAAGAGAAGUUUGAGCCGGGUCUGAAGAGCAAGCGGGAUCAGCAGGCUUUUACGCUGCUGGUGGUGCUAUACCUGUUGCAGGGCGUUCCUCUGGGGUUAACGUUCGGCACGUUGCCAUUCCUCCUCAAGCCACGACUCUCGUACUCCAAGCUCGCGGUUUUCGCGCUGUCCACAUGGCCGUACUCGCUCAAGCUGCUGUGGAGUCCGAUUGUCGACGCCUGGUUCGUGCCCAAGUGGGGCCGGCGCAAGUCGUGGGUUGUUCCAGUGCAGGCCCUUGUCGGUGUCUUGCUCUAUCUGCUUGGCCGAAAAGUCGAAGGGUGGCUCGAGGCUGAAGUCAUCGAUGUGCACUUCAUCACGCUCAUGUUUGGGAGUCUGAUCUUUGCCGCAGCGACGCAGGACAUUGCUGUGGACGGAUGGGCACUCACAUUACUAUCCCCGCCGAAUCUUAGCUACGCUUCAACGGCCCAGACGAUCGGACUGGGCAUCGGCUCCGCGCUGAGCUUCACCAUCUUCCUCGCGUUCAACUCUGUCGACUUCAGCAACCGCUACUUCCGCUCGACGCCGCUGGACACACCACUGAUCUCUCUUGGCGCUUACAUGCGCUUCUGGGGCGGCGUGUACCUCGUGGUCACAGCUUGGCUUGUCUACUUCAAGAAGGAGGACGACGUGAACGCGGACGAACCUGACCUCGACGUCGGCAAAGUGUACCGCAUCAUGUGGAGCAUUGUGCGCCUGAAGAACAUCCAGAGCUUCCUCUGCAUCCUCCUCAUCGCCAAAUUCGGCUUCCAGGUCAACGAGAGCGUGACGCAGCUCAAGCUCCUCGAGAAAGGCCUGUCGAAGGAGGACCUGGCCGUCGCGGCGCUCCUCGACUUCCCCGCGCAGAUGGUAGUCGGUUGGCUUGCGGCCAAGUGGUCGCGCCCCCCGGUCACGGACGAGGGCCGACAUCCUCUGAGCGCAGGCAACCAGCGCACGGCGGCCGCGACUUCCGUGCUCAAGGUGUGGAUUGGCGCGUUCUGGGCGCGCCUCGGCAUGGCCGUCGUCGCUGCCUGCGUGAUCUGGCUCUUCCCCGAGUCCGGCGAGGUGGGGACGGGCUACUUUGCCCUGGUGAUCGCGACCAUCCUCAUGACGAGCUUGACGAAUACGGUCCAGUUCGUUGGCAUCACCGCGUUCCACACCCAGAUCGCCGACCCCCUCAUCGGCGGCACGUACAUGACGCUGCUCAACACCGUGUCCAAUCUCGGCGGGACGUGGCCCAAGCCGCUCAUCUUGCGCGCCGUGGACCUCCUCACGCACUCCGUGUGCCCCAAAACAGGGAAGGAAUGUACGUCCGAGGUCGGCAAGGCUGCGUGCGCCGCCGCAGGCGGGAACUGCGUCAUCACGCGCGACGGGUACUUUGUCAUGACGGCGCUGUGCGUCGUCUGCAGUGGAUUGCUGCUCACCACCCACAUCUUGCCGACGAUCAAGCGGCUCAUGGCGCUGCCGAUGAGUGCGUGGCGCGUCAAGAUCCCCGCAUAGAGAGGCACACGAUCUGUAGGAGAG